AUGUACUUUGAUUCAUACCAAAAUACUUUUGCAGUUGACGUUCUGGAGUCUCUUGGGUUGGUCAAAUUAGAAAAUUAUGGCGUGCCAGCGUCAGUGGAAAAUAUGGAUUUAGAAGAUGAACCCGAGGAUUGCGCUUCGGGUAAAAAAUUGGAGGCUCAAGACCAAACAGAUCAGUAUUUGGUCGAAUUUAGUGGCAGACUCGAUCCGGAACAUCCACACAAUUGGCCCACCAUCAAACGAUUUGUCGUCGUAUGCAAUGUGAUGCUUCUAACCUGCGUCACAUACAUGGGGACGUCAUUUUACACCCCGGGACAAGCAUUGAUACAAGACGAAUUCCAUGUAGGACAUGAACUCGGGACACUGAACUUGUCGUUAUACAUUUUGGGAUUUGGACUAGGCCCACUGGUGUUCGGACCACUUUCCGAACUUGUUGCGUUUGGACGUCAACCGCUGUUCAUCGGAACUUUGUUCAUCUACAUGCUACUGCACAUGGGGUGUGCUUUGGUGAAAAACAUAACCGGUCUGUUGAUUCUUCGGUUUCUAGCCGGAGUUUUUUGCUCUCCUUCAUUGACUAACGGUGCUGCGUCUGUUGCGGACGUUGUAAAGCCGCAGCAUGUUCCCAUAGUACUUGGUUUGUGGUCGAUUGGUGCACUAGCAGGCCCUGCUACGGGCCCUUUGCUUGGAGCCGCAAUGCUUGUUGCCAAAAAUUGGCGAUACAUGUUCUGGCUGAUGAUGUGGAUUAGUGCUGCUACGUUGCUAUCAAUGGUCUUCUUCUUCCCAGAGACAAAUGAAGAUACAAUCUUGUAUCGGAGAUGCCGAAGAAUCAGAAAGGCUACCGGUAAUAACAAUUACUACACUUUAAAGUCCAAGGAAGAGGAGAAACUUUCCUGGAGAGAUAUCAUGGUCACGACGUUGUACCGGCCGUUCGAAAUCAUUGCCCGAGAGCCGAUCGUGGUGGCUUUAAACUUGUACCACGCGGUAGAAUACGGUGUAUUUUACUUGUUUUUCGAAGCGUUUCCCAUCGUUUUUAACCAAGUGUAUCAUUUCACACCGGUGCAAUUGGGGUUGGCAUAUCUUGGGUUCUGUGUUGGAUGCGUCACCGCUUAUGGGGUUGCCAUGCUAUUUUUCAGGUUUUAUGCUUCCAAGCGAGUCGCCAACAACACUUUCGUACCGGAAACGCACUUGAUCUUGACAAUAUGGGUGUGUUGGACACUACCUUGCUCGCUGUUUCUAUUUGGAUGGGCUGCAUCCGUUCAUUGGAUUAUACCCGUCAUCACAGAAGUGAUUUUCAUUGUCGGCCAGUUCAAUGUUUUCCAAUCGGUCUUCUCCUACAUGGCCAUGUCUUAUCCGAAAUACACGGCUUCGGUAUUUGCUGGUAAUAAUGUGUGUCGUGCAAUCUUCGCAUGUGUAUUCCCUCUGUUUGGAAAAGCGAUGUACGACAAUUUGGCCAUCAAAGGAUAUCCUGUGGCCUGGGGGUCGUCUCUGGUGGGAUUUUUAUGUUUGGCGCUUGCACUUGUCCCAUUCGUUCUAUACAGAUAUGGUGCCCACUUACGGAGCAAAUCUAGGUUUGCUCAAUGA